AUGUCCCAGCUUUUCGACAUUUCCAUGACGAUACGCCAGCCGGCUCAGCAUGAUCGUCUGCUUGGAACUGAAAAGGUCGAUGGGAAGCCUUUCGAGUUUUAUUUCCACCAGCACGUGUCGCAUAAAUACUCCAAGGCAGAACGACCCAUCGUCGACCGCAUUAGCUCCGCAAUGGCGAAACAGAAAGCGAUCCUGAAGUAUCGAGAAAGGCAUCAUCUGAAACUUUGUCAGGGGCUAAACAUAAGGGAUGGAGACAACAACACGGUUCAACUGUCAGAGACUGUCGCGACUUCUUUCCACAGAGAAGAAAUGCAAGGCCUGGCACCAGACGACCUCACCAGCGAGUCCGGUGCUUCAUUUACGUCGUAUGCGGGGAGCUUGCUUACUGGUCAUGAGAAACUGGCAAUUCCUCCAAUGCCAAAGGAGGGGGCCGCACAAAGGCCAUUCGAAUGUCCCUAUUGUUACUUCAUCGUCACCAUAAAAGACCGACGCAUGUGGGCUAGACAUAUCUUUAGAGACCUCUCGCCCUACAUCUGCAUUUUCCCAAAUUGUCCCACGGGGAGCAAAUUAUACGAUAGUCGAAAAAGCUGGUACCGCCACGUUCAUGACAUGCAUUUGUCUUCGGAGGGCAAAACCGGGACCUACGAAUGCCCACUGUGCAGCGAGGAUACACUGCCCAUCAGCUCGUUCGAGAGACAUGUCGGCCGCCACCUGGAAGAGCUAUCCCUUUUUGUUCUUCCUCGGACAGUUGAAGAAGAGGACGAGGACGAGGAUGAGGAUGAGGAUGAGGAUGAACAUGGCCGCGAAUCCCAACCGGAGCCAGUAGGAUCAUCAAGCGAUUCGGAGCCACUCAAUGAAACCUCACCACCACGGAACUACCCACAUUCUAUUCAGCUUGAUAACAAGACAGCCACAGGAGGAGAUAGCAACAACGAGGAAGCUCAAAUGCAACCAAACAUUAGUAAUGCAUCAAUCUCAGAGGAAGGAUCAGGUGAUUACCGGUACAUGCUCAGCGAUGAACAAGAGGAAACUGCCAGAGAGGCAAGAUCCAAGGCGGCUGUGGAAUGGAAGAAUCUCGAGCAAAUCAAAGACACCGUUGAUUUUAAAACUGCCUGGGUCAAGGUCCACCGCAAGUAUAUGCUUCCAGAGACACUGGACACCCACGGGCUUCCUUGGGCCUGGGACGAGGAUGGUCAGUACCUGAUUAUCAAGACCUGGAUUGAUGAGGAUUUCCAGGAUGAACUCUUUGCUCACACGCGCCAACUCCGUGAAAGCCACCAGGUCCGUGAAACCAGGUGCUAUAUGAGUGACCUGCAGAACACGACCUUAGAACAUAAUACACCAAACUUGGGAGAAUAG